GAAAGAAAACAUGGCUGGGAAGGGAGGAAAGGGACUUUUGGCAGCAAAAACCACUGCAGCAGCAGCAGCAGCUAGUAAAGAUAAGGAUAAGAAGAGACCCAUUUCGCGUUCAUCUAGAGCUGGCCUACAGUUUCCAGUGGGGAGGAUCCACAGGCAGCUAAAGGCUAGAACCUCGUCUCAUGGGCGUGUUGGAGCAACAGCAGCUGUUUACUCAGCUGCAAUUCUUGAAUACCUAACUGCAGAAGUCCUUGAACUUGCUGGGAAUGCAAGUAAAGAUCUGAAAGUGAAGAGAAUCACGCCAAGGCAUCUUCAACUAGCCAUCCGAGGGGAUGAGGAGCUUGACACUUUGAUCAAGGGAACAAUUGCAGGAGGAGGUGUGAUUCCUCACAUUCACAAGUCUCUCAUCAACAAGACCACCAAAGAAUAAGCAUCAAGCCUGUUUUGGUAACUGCUAAAAAUGUUGGGACAUUGGUUGAUAUUUAUUAUAAUCUAAACUAUAGUUGGUAGUUGGUAGUAGUAGUAGUAGUAGUAGAUCAAGUAAUAGCUGAUGGUAAUUGAUGUUUCCAGACAUGAAUGUUUAGCUAGUUUCUAUCUGGGUUAGUUUCAUUGAUUUCAAAUUUGUACUUUGUUUUUUGUUUUUAAAAGAUGUUUCAGCUUAUGUUCUUAAAUUAGGUUGCUCAUUGACUUGUUUUCAU